CCAUGCAGCAGGACACCCUCCGACACUUCCUCUUGGAGGCGGUGUCCGUGCUCGCCCUCUACCACCCCGGGGCCGUCAUCGACAGCCUGCUGCAGAAGCAGCUGCCCAUGGACAGUGACACCGAGGAGCUGUGGAGGGUCCUGGGGGGGAAAUUCUUUGUGGACCACUUCCUGCGGGUCUUGAUGGAAAAACUGAAGAACUCAGGAAGCGACCAGCCCAGGACCAGCUCUGCCAAGCCUGAGGCAGACGAGGAGGAGGCUGCGCUGGAGCCUCUCAAGAUGACCCGGGCCAUCUCUGUGGUGGUGUCAGCGCUGCAGAGCCCGGAGGCUGUGCAGCGCCUGCUCCCGGAGCUGCUGCCGGUGCUGCUGAAGCAGAUCAGCGCCACAGUGGGCAAGGAGAUGCCAUCUUCCCCACUCAGCACCCGGGGAAAGCUGUUCCUGAAGGGCCACACGAGCGAUGACAAUCCUUGCAGGUAGGAGCCAGGGGACGGAGACGCAGGGGCUGGGCUUGGGUCCCCGUCACUUUGAUUCCCAGGGAGGAAGGUGCCCCAGGGAGACUUGUUUUUUCCCCUGGGCUCUAUUUAUUUUGGUUUGGGUUUGUCUGUUUGGUUGUAGUUCUUGUUUUAUGAGUGUUGGUGUGC